AGGAGUAGUUGCGUUUUAGUAAGUGGUUAGUUCACCACCAAUUUGCAACCGGCUCCCGACCAUCGACGAUCGGGCUUUUUACUUCUGCUCCAGCCUUCUAAACGGUGUUAAAAUGGCCAACAUUGCAAAACUUUUCACUGUCCGUACACAGACUUUGCUCCAAGCUGCCGCCCGUCAGCCCCAAGUGGCCACUCGGUUCAGCAGCACUGGCAGCAACUGGGAAUUCAUCAAGACCGAAGUGACCGGAGAGAAGAAAAAUGUGGCUGUUAUCACCCUGAACCGUCCCAAGGCAUUGAAUGCCCUCUGCAAUGGCCUCAUGAAGGAACUGUCAACAGCCCUGAAGGCUUAUGGCAAGGAUGCUAACAUUUCCGCAAUUGUCUUGACUGGCAGCGAGAAAGCCUUUGCCGCUGGCGCAGACAUCAAAGAGAUGGCUCCCAACACAUACUCACAGUGCAUUCAGGGUAACUUCCUCAAUGACUGGACAGAGGUGGCACGCACCCAGAAACCCAUAAUUGCGGCUGUUAAUGGUUAUGCUCUCGGAGGUGGGUGCGAGUUGGCCAUGAUGUGCGACAUAAUCUAUGCUGGUGAUAAGGCCAAGUUUGGCCAGCCAGAGAUUGCAUUGGGCACGAUUCCCGGAGCUGGUGGCACCCAGCGCCUAACCCGAGUUGUGGGCAAGUCCAAGGCCAUGGAAAUGUGCCUCACUGGUAACAUGAUCAAUGCCCAGGAGGCAGAAAAAGUUGGCUUGGUCAGCAAGGUGAUUCCUGCCGAUCAACUGCUCGGCGAGGCUGUCAAACUUGGAGAGAAGAUCGGAACCCACUCAAACCUGAUUGUGCAAUUGUGCAAGGAGGCUGUUAACACUGCUUAUGAGACCACAUUGCAGGAAGGUUUGAAGUUCGAGCGCCGCACUUUCCAUGCAACCUUCUCCACGGCUGAUCGCAAGGAGGGCAUGCAAGCUUUUGUGGAGAAACGCCCAGCAAAGUUCACAAGCGAAUAAAUCCCAAUUUAAUCAUCUGUUCUCAGCCAGAAUUGCAUUUAUAUAUUGUCUAUCCCUGUUAUUUGUACGCAAAUAAAAUCCGUUAAAUAUUCUAUAA